AUGUACAAGGUUCAAAGUUCUUUCAUGUUCUUAUUUUGUUUCUUGUUGAAAUGCCUAUUUCAUGUAUGCUUGUCUUAUACACAUGGGCUUUAUCCUGUUGGGAAAGCAAGCUUACCAGGUAGCUUCAACUGGAUUUUAUUAUUGUUUUCUUUUCAAGGCCAUGGACAGUCACAAUUAUUAAGAAGUUUUAGUGACAAGCCCAGAGGGUUACUUUCUAAAAUUCAAUCAACAAGGGCACCCUCACAACCUACAGGAAUGAUUCCACGUCGAUCUGAUCUUGUUCAAGUGAUUACAGUUGCGUGUAUAGCCUUCAGCAUUGCUCUGCUGUCUGGGCUCUUGAUCUUCUAUAUGAUAUAUCGAUUGGUAAAGGCUGAGGAAAAGCAGCAGCUUGCAAGGCUUUAUGAAAAUGUUGAGAUCCCGCUCAUAGAGGAGGAGGGCUUUGAUGACAGCAAGGAUGACUCUUUUCACUCGCAUGUGGAAAAUGAGGAGCUGGGAAAGUUCAUCAGCUCAGUUAUUAGAAGUAAAAGAAGGGAAAACAUUUUGAAGAAAUUGAAGGGAGAACGAAAUUUGUCUACAGAAAACACAUCCAAGACUGUCGGCUUUGAUGAAAAAAUGGAGCAUUAUGAGACAAUGGAGAACUUAUGA